UAUCCAAGAAUGCGUGCCAACGAUCAAUCAUUUUCUUUUUCACUUUGGGUUAAUCCAACAUCUACUACAAGUGGUGGUACAUUAGUACAUUUAUCUUCGAAUUCAAAUGGUAAUGGAACUUGUUAUGAUCUUUUGGUUUUUACAAGUACUGGAGCUUUAGUAUGUCAAUGGUUGUAUGCAAACAACAGUGCUGAUAGUGCUCAAGGUUCUGUGAUACCAGCAAAUACAUCGACUCAUGUAGUUGUUGUAUAUAGUUAUAAAAGUGGUGUUCGUCUUUUUAUUAAUGGACAAUUUAGCACUUCAUCAAACGCUGGAUCUUUCUCUGUAUUUGACGCCUCUAGUCCAUGGUAUAUCACAUUAGGUAAUAAGAGUCCAUUGGGAUCAUCAGCAUCGCUUAGCUGUCAAAGUGGUUCUAUACCUAUUUCAUCAGGAUCUUUUUCAGGUUCUAUUGAUGAAUUUCGAAUGUACAAUCGAGAACUAAACAAUCAAGAGAUAUGUGUACUUGCUAAUCCAUAA